CUCCGUCAAAUAUUUAUAAUAACUAAUAAAACUAAUAAUAAAACGUGUUCUACAACCACGGAUUAGUCUGCCCUUUCUUUCGGGAACCAAUGCGUGGGGUAACCGUUUAAGGCAACUCCAUGUGACGCACGACGACAACCUUUUAUUCGCAGUCCUAGGGCGACUGCAGGGGCAACUCGCGCUGGAAUGACGGUUUAGACGGCCAGCUAGAGAGUUGCCAGAGCUGGGGUGACGGUUUAGACGGCCAGCCAGGAUUUGUGUGAGCGCAGCCAGCGCUACGUACCGGCAGAGGAGUCGCAGCCAGCGACAGUGGCGUCGCAGUCAGCGACGAACGCCGGUACGAACGAGUCGCAGCCAGCGACAAGGAGACGCAAGAAGCGUCAUUUGUGGAGACCGCAGCCAGCGGCACGAGGCGUCAGAGACGCCAUUUUGGACGCGCAGAGGCGCCGCCAUUUUGGAGCUGGGGAAGAUGCAGCAUUCCCCCAGGAAAAGUGCCCGGCUGAACGGAGGGGAAGCCACCCCUGUAACAACAGUGAGUCAGCAGCCAGCCAGUAGUGGAGCAGGAACUCGGACGCGGGUGAACAUCACGGCGGCGUCGAUUCCUUGCCCGGCCACUACGGUGACUACAGUAGCUUCCCAACCUAGAAGUACUGCUGUCACAGCUGCGAGUUCAGUACCGGAGGUGAACCAGCCCCUCGUGUUGGAACUCAUGGAGAGGAUCGCAGCGUUGGAAAGGGAGCUGGAGAAGGCUCGAUCCCUGGAAAGUGUGAGCACCGCCAAUUGCGCGCCAAUCGCAGUUGGCCCAAGCGCAGUGGGUAGCGCGUGGCUACAGGAGUACGCAAACGUGGUGUGCACGGUUUUGGACGUCGAGGGAAAGGAGCCGAGGCGUCGACUUCUACAUGCAAGCGUCGACCAUAAUGAAUGCGAUCAACAGGAUGAUCGGCAUGGAGGUUGUCCCAUCUGUGGAGGAUAGCAUGGAAUAUUGAACUGCAGAAAAUUUAUUGGAGCUUCGGCACAGGAAAGGUGGAGCAAUGUGAAGAGGCAUCGGCUCUGCUUCAAUUGCCUGCGAAGCGGGCACACGGCUAGAUCCUGCUAUACGCAAGGUGAGUGCCAGAUUAAUGGAUGCCGAAGGGCCGUCCAUCACCGUCUGCUACAUGGUGCGGACGAGGAGCGAAGGCCGCUGCAGCGAGGUGGCU